UCCUCGCUGCCUCACAUGACUGGAAGUGUUUGUGCGGCCGGCUGUCCCGGGAGCUAUCGGAGCCGCCCUGCUCGGAGGCCCGGGCCGGACUGGGAUGCCCCGGGGUAGGCAGCGCUCAUGGAUCCCCGGGAGGUGAAGGAUCGGAUCCUGGAGAACAUCAAUCUCUCCGUCAAAAAGUUGCAGAGCUACUUUGCUGCGUGUGAAGAUGAGACGCCGGCGAUCCGGAACCAUGACCGCGUGCUGCAGCGCCUGUGCGAGCAUCUGGACCACGCGCUCCUGUACGGGCUGCAGGACAUCGCGUCGGGAUACUGGGUGCUGGUUGUGCACUUCACCCGCAGAGAGGCCAUCAAACAGAUUGAGGAUCAGCGGCACGUGGCCACUCUCCUGGGGCGCAGUCGCGCGUGGCUCUACCUGGCCCUUAAUGAGAACUCGCUGGAGAGUUACCUGCGGCUGUUCCAGGAGAACCAGAGUUUGCUGGAGAAAUAUUACUACAAGAACGCCUUGGUGUGCAGCCACGACCAUCUGACGCUCUUCCUCACGUUGGUGUCGGGCCUGGAGUUCAUUCGCUUCCAGCUGGAGAUGGACGUGCCGUACCUGGACCUGGCGCCCUACAUGCCCGAGUACUACAAGCCCCAGCACCUUCUGGAUUUCGAGGAUCGGCUCCCGCAUUCGGUUCACGGGUCGGACAGCUUGUCCCUUAACUCUUUCAACUCCAUCAAUUCCACCAACCUGGAGUGGGACGACAGCGCCAUUGCGCCAUCCAGUGAGGAUUAUGAGUUUGGAGAGGCUUAUCCUGCAGCGCCGUCCGUGCCCAGCACAGACUGGGAAGAUGGAGAACUGCAUGAUGGGACGAGCUUUCCCCGACCGGCGGCCAUUUUGCACAAUGGCUACAAGCCUCAUGGGAAGAGCCCCAUACAGAGGUACAACCCCUUCACCCAAGACCUGUCCUCAUCCGACGUCACCUCGGGGCCCGGCCUGGACACCCCCGACACCAGCGAGCCCAACACCCAGGACUCGGAGCUGGACGUGACCUCAUUGGACACAACGUUGUCCUACAACCAGGCGCCCAGGGCGGCCGAGCUCACCUCGGACAGCACCGAUAUCAGCGCCCAGGACGGGGCGGACGGCUUUUCCACUUCAGAAUCGACGCCGGUGCACAGCUCCGCCCACAGGAAGGGAUCCGCCUCCAGUUACGCCCAGUACACGGAGAACAGCUCCGAGCUGGAGGUGAUCAGGCUGGUAAAGAAGAAGCGAACGGGCAAGCGCCGUAGGGGACGUUCUGAAGAUGGAACCCAACACCCCCAUCCCAGCACCUCGGAACCUGAUGACCCAGUCCCCGAGGUUUCAGUCUCUUGCCACGGGGCAACCGAGGAAAAGCCAAGUGACCUUCCCGAGACGGUUAUCCGCCUCCCCAAGAUGCAGGACACAUCCAUGGAACGGGUUGGGCAACCACUGAGCGAGGUCAUAGAGAAGCUGAACGGCCAACUGGACCCCCAGGCCUGGAACGUUCAUCCUGAGCCCACGGACCAGUCCUUUCGGACCUGCUCUCCGGGGGGGACCCCCGGUGACCUCCAGGGCCAAGACGUUAGCCAGGGGAUUCAGGAUCCCAUGGACUUCUACUACUUUACCCCAGAGAGUCCAAACCCUGCUGCAACAGGUGGUGGCCACAAUGACUCUCCAGGCCAGAGCCAAUCAGCACAUGUUUUUAGUGGCUCUGAGGAUGCUGGACAAACGGAAGGCGGAGGAGAGGCAGAGACUAAAGGACCCCUAGAGCCCCAGAUAGAGGAGGCUUUAUUAACUGCCCCCGACUGGGGCAAGAAGAGCCCAGCGCUAAGCAUUGCUGAAGACUCAGGAGUGGAUGAGGGACAAGGAAGUCCGUCGGAUUCCCCGCACCCCUGCGAGUUCAGGGUUGAUAAUAACCUCCUGCUGCUCCUAAUGAUCCAUGUGUACAGAGAGAAUGAGGAGCAGCUAUUUAAGAUGUUCCGGAUGAGCACGGGGCACAUGGAGGGGGACGUGCAGCUGCUGUAUGUGCUACUGACUGACUGUUACAUCUACCUGCUGAGAAAAGGUGCCGCAGAUAAGCCAUACAUGGUGGAAGAGGCAGUUUCCUAUAAUGAACUCGACUACGUCUCGGUUGGAAUAGACCAGCAGGCAGUUACCCUCGUUUGCACCAAUAGGAGGCGGCAGUUCAUGGUGGACACCGCAGAUGUGACGCUAACCGAGGUCUUCCUAACCGCGCUGAACUCCGCCAUGAUUAAUGGGUGCCGGGAGCCCCCCUACCCGGGGGUGCUGACUGAUGCCACCAUGGAGAAGUUGGCACUGGCUAAGUUUCUCUCCCAGGAGUCUAAGAGAGAGGCGUCGGCAGUGGUGACUCUGUACUACGGGCUGGUGCACUGGGAGGACCCCCUGGACGACGCGGCCGGACCCGCCAGUUCCCAUUACAUGUCCCGCGACCAGAGCGUCUCCAAGGAGGGGGUUCUGCACUAUAAGGCCAACACCUCGUACCUGGGCCGCGAGACUUGGAAGAGCUGCUACGUGGUGUUAAGUAACGGGAUCUUGUACCAGUACCCGGACAGGACGGACGUCAUUCCCCUGCUCUCUAUCAACAUGGGGGGGGAACAGUGCGGCGGCUGCCGGAGAGCGAACACCACAGAUCGGCCGCACUCUUUCCAGGUCAUCCUGACCGACCGGCCUUCCCUGGAGCUGAGCGCAGACAAGGAGGAGGAUAUGGCUGACUGGAUGCUGCACCUCUGCCAGGCGGUGUCCAAAGGGGUAAUGACCCCCCCCCCUCCCGCUAUUUAUUUUCUAUGCAGUUUCCCUUUAAUUCCUUCCCCACUGUCACUGCUGCUGUUCUCUCUCUAGCAGCUUCUCUCUCCUGCCCUGACCCUGGGGCCUCUAGCAGCUUCUCUCUCUCUCCUGCCCUGACCCUGGGGCCCUCUAGCAGCUUCUCUCUCUCUCUCCUGCCCUGACCCUGGGGCCCUCUAGCAGCUUCUCUCUCUCUCUCCUGCCCUGACCCUGGGGCCCUCUAGCAGCU